AGGUUGGUCUCUCAGGAGUGACGGAGGAUCUGGAAUUUCUCUUCCCGCGCCCGUCUGCUCGUCCUUUCCAGUGCUGCGUGCGCUCUUCAUUUUCCUCUUCCUCUCUUAACGCACAUGACCGACAGCUCUCAGCUUCAAUAAAAAGUGCAGGGAGCAAAAAGGACUCACAGCUGGAGAAAGGACCGAGGAGGAAAGAUAGCAGCACACAUGGGACAAGGGAACCACCAACAGGUAGGACUUAAACGCCCGUGGCUGUAGACUCUGGUAAUCGGCCCUUGACAGCGACAUCGUCCCAUCGCCCCACUCGGAUUUUUAUUUAUUUAUUUAUUUAUUUACUUUUCAAAGAAGUUCCUGUCGCACCAAAAUGUAAAUGGAGUUGGGCAUUUCCCCUGUCGGGCUGUCAAACCAUGGACCUUGAAAGAACUCUCCGGAAGGGCCUUCCAAUUUGGAUUUAGCAGCAGUGGGGAGGAGUCCCGCCCCCGAAGCCGCCGUUUCGGGGGGGGACCGUUUCACCGCGGGACGCUGACGAGCCACGCCCAUCUUCCCACCAUGAGGAUUACAAGCCCCUCCUGCCUCUGCCCCUUCCUGUUCUGCCUCUGUUUCGUCCAGAGGGGCUACGGCUCCGCCUCCCAUCACCCCCCCUCCCCCGCCAGGACCCCCGGAAAAAACCAGACCCGGCUGCGGGAGGGGGAGACGGAGGUGCACCACCGGCCCAAACGCGGAUGGAUAUGGAACCAGUUCUUUGUUCUGGAGGAGCACAGGGGGCCGGAGGCACAGUACGUGGGGAAGCUUCACUCAAACUCAGACAAAGGGGACGGCUCGGUUCGGUACAUCCUGACCGGGGAAGGGGCCGGCACCAUUUUCAUCAUCGACGAGGUGACGGGGGACAUCCACGCCACGAAGAGCCUGGACCGGGAGAAGAAGGCCCACUACGUCCUCCACGCGCAGGCCAUCGACCGGCACACAAGCAAGCCCCUGGAGCCCGAGUCCGAGUUCAUCAUUAAGGUCCAGGACAUCAACGACAACGCCCCCAAGUUUCCGGACGGUCCCUUCGUGGCGUCCGUUCCAGAGAUGUCAGAAGUCGGUACCUCAGUGUUCCAGGUCACUGCCAGUGAUGCCGAUGACCCCACCUAUGGAAACAGCGCGAGAGUGGUUUACAGCAUUCUGCAGGGGCAGCCAUAUUUCUCCGUGGAUCCCAAAACCGGGAUCAUCAGGACUGCUUUAGCUAACAUGGAUCGAGAAGCGAGAGAGCACUAUGCUGUCGUCAUUCAAGCCAAAGACAUGGCGGGGCAAGUCGGAGGACUCUCUGGGUCGACCACCAUCAACAUCACCCUGACGGACGUCAACGACAACCCUCCUAAAUUCCCUCAGAAAAACUACCAGCUUUACGUACCGGAAUCGGCCCAGGUUGGGAAGCCGGUGGGCAAAAUCAAAGCCAACGAUGAGGAUCUGGCCAUCAACGCAGAGAUCAAGUACAGCAUCACCAACCCGGACGGGGCCUCCGUCUUCUCCAUUUCCACCGACCGGGAGACCAGAGAGGGGGUCAUCUCGCUCAGAAAGCCCUUGAACUAUGAGAAGAAGAAGACCUACACCCUUCACAUCGAGGGGGCCAACGCACACCCGGACCCCCGCUUCUCCUACCUGGGCCCCUUCAAAGACAGCGCCACGCUGAAGAUCACCGUGGGCGACGUGGACGAGGCGCCCGUCUUCUCCAUGGACUACUACAUCAUGGACGCGUACGAGAGCGCCCCCGCGGGCACGGAGGUGGGGGCAGUGACCGCGCGGGACCCGGACAGCACCAACAGCGCCAUCAGGUAUUUCAUUGACCGCAGUUUGCACGGGGACACGUAUUUCAACAUCGACGCGAACAGCGGGACGCUGAAGACGACGCGGGUCCUGGACAGGGAAGAGAUGGCCUGGCACAACAUCACUGUGAUCGCCUCGGAGGUCGAUAACCCCAGCCUCCUCAGCCAUGUCCCUGUCACGGUGCAGGUGCUGGACGUCAACGACAACCCGCCCAAACUGGCGACCGAGAGCGAUGUCAUCGUGUGUGAGAGCACCAGGGUGGGACAGGUGAUCCAGACCAUCGGUGCAGUGGACAAAGACGACUUCGCUAACGGACCCCGCUUCUCCUUCGCUCUUCCGCAAGACCUCCCCGUGAACCCCAACUUCACCCUCAAGGACAACGAAGACAGCACGGCCAGCGUCCUGUCCCGCAGAAAGCGGUUCAGCCGCGCCCUGCAGGAGCUCUACCACCUCCCCGUGGUGGUGUGGGACGGCGGGGAGCCGGAGCUGAGCAGCACCGGGACCCUGACGCUGAGGGUGUGCGCCUGCCAGCGCGGGGCCCGGGUUCGAGCCUGCCAGGCCGAGGCCUUCCUGUCCUCCGCCGGGCUCAGCACCGGGGCGCUGGUGGCCAUCCUGCUGUGCAUCGUCAUCCUGCUGGUGAUCGUGGUGCUCUUCAUCACUCUGCGGAGGAGCAAGAAGGAGCCGCUGAUCAUCUCCGAGGAGGACGUGCGGGAGAACGUGGUCACCUACGACGACGAGGGGGGCGGGGAGGAGGACACCGAGGCCUUCGACAUCCUGGCGCUGCGGAACCCGGCGGGGGCGGCCGAGGAGCUCAAGUUCCGGCGGGACGUGAAGCCCGAGGCGCUGCGGCCGGGCCGGCGCGGGACCCCCCCCAGCCCCGCCCCCGCGGCGGAGGCGGCGACGGCGACGGCGGCGGACGAGGUGGACGUGCGCGAGUUCAUCGCGCGGAGGCUGGCGGAGGCCGACACGGACGCCAGCGGCCCGCCGUACGACUCGCUGCAGACGUACGCGUACGAGGGGCGGGGCUCCGUGGCCGGCUCCGUCAGCUCGCUGGGCUCGGGCGCCUCGCCCUCCGAGCAGGACUACGCGUUCCUGGAGGACUGGGGGCCCCAGUUCCACAAGCUGGCAGAACUCUACGGGGGCUCGGAGUCCGAACUCGUCACCUAGCUUGUGUCACUGUAAAAAAAA